AUGUCAUUACGCCAGCUUUCGUUCGCGCUACGGACUGCACGACAGGCGCAACUAGCAUCAGCAACGUGGCGCCCAAAUGGCCGUCUCUUUGUGCGGAGCUGCUCUUGCUCUGCGCCUCACCAGUUACAGCACACAGUGACUGUCUCAUCUGAGGCACCCGCCAGUGCGCAAUUGAACCCUACAACCGGCACCCCGCCUACGCCCUCCCUCGACCACCGAACUCUCGCGCAGACACAUAACCUCUUCAUUACAUCUCCGUACAGCCCUGGCUCACCGCUCAUUCUUCCCAACGGCGCCUAUGUCUUUCAGAAGUUGCAGUCGUUCCUCCGAGCGCAGUAUCCACAAUUCGGCUUCCAGGAGGUCAUUACACCCAUAAUAUAUAAGAAGUCGCUAUGGGAGAAGUCAGGACACUGGGAGAACUAUGCCGAGGAUAUGUUCAGUGUGCAGGGGCGAGGUACAACGGCGCAAAUUCCAGAAGCAGAAGGUGGAGAGGACGGAGAGUUCGGCCUGAAGCCAAUGAACUGUCCAGGCCACUGCUUGCUGUUCAGGGAUGAGAUCAAGAGUUAUAGGGAUCUGCCAGUCAGACUUGCCGACUUCAGUGCUCUACACAGGAACGAGAUCUCAGGCGCCUUGACAGGUCUGACCAGGGUCCGGCGGUUUCACCAGGACGACGCGCACAUCUUCUGUCGACCAGAUCAAAUCUUGGCUGAGAUUGAGCAGACACUUAAGUUUGUGGGCAUGGUAUACAACACGUUUGGAUUAGGUCCCUACAAGCUGCUUCUCUCUACUCGGCCAAAGGAUAGCUUCAUCGGCACUAUUGAGGAAUGGGAUCGUGCAGAGGAGCAGUUGACUACUGCGUUGAACAACAUCGGAAGCGAAUGGGCAAUCAACGAAGGAGACGGAGCAUUCUACGGACCGAAGAUUGACAUCAUCCUAAAAGAUUCGAAUGGCAAAGAGCAUCAGACGGCAACCAUACAGCUGGACUUCCAACUUCCGCAGCGCUUCGACCUACAAUACCAGGCAUCGCCGGAAGAACUAGAGGCGGGGCCACAAUCGUCCAUGGACGCAGGUCUAGAUCCAGCCCUUCGCCGCCCGGUCAUCGUCCACCGCGCUAUUUACGGAUCCAUCGAGCGCUUCAUGGCUCUGCUGAUCGAACACUAUGCCGGCAAAUAUCCGUUCUGGCUGUCUCCCCGGCCUGCCAUCGUCUUGUCGCUGAAUUCCGACCCAAAGGUCCUUGAACAUGUCUCGCGUAUUCAGUCUGUCCUCUCGGGGCUCACACCAUCUGACGCACCAGAAAUUUCCGCAUCGUCACCUAAGCCACUCCCGUUGUCGACCAUACACCUUCCCAUAGACGUUGACACCAGCGACCGUUCGCUCGGCAAGAAGAUCGCUGAAGCAAGGACAAAGAAGUACAACCAUAUUAUCGUCGUGGGUGGUAAGGAGGUUGAGAGCGGCAGCAUGAACCUCCAGAUCAUGAAUCAGCCGAACGAGGAAUCCACUAUAGAGGCGUUGCAAGUCUCCUUAGGAAAGACACUCACUGACAAAGAGCGAUCGAAGGCCACUGUGAACGUCGAUCUGGAUUCUGCUAGAAAAUAUUUCGAGAAUCUAGCCAAUUCAUUCUUGUAA